AUGGCGGAUCUUGCUAGUUCAAGCAGCGGGAUCAGGAAGCUUAAUAGCCACAACUAUGGCUAUUGGCAGACCUGCAUGGAGUCCUACCUACAAGGUCAGGACCUAUGGGAGGUCGUUGCGGGCACCGAAGCAUUUCCUCCAGAGAAUGCUGAUGCCUUGCGGAAAUGGAAGAUCAAGUCAGGGAAGGCCAUGUUUGUAUUGAAGACGACCAUCGAAGAGGACCUAUUGGAGCACAUCCGUGAUGAGAAGACACCUAAGGAGGCAUGGGAGACUUUGGCGAAGCUAUUCUCAAGGAAAAAUGAAGCACGGCUCCAGCUCUUGGAAAAUGAGCUCACAGGUAUCUCACAAGGCAAUCUAUCCAUCAGUCAAUAUUUUUCGAAGGUGAAGUUUAUUUGCCGUGAGAUAUCCCAACUUGCCCCGGAUGAGAAGGUGAGCGAGGCUCGGAUGAAGAGAAUCAUCAUCCACUAG